AGAAUCAUUUUAUUGAAGCCCACUGGAUGCGUCAACGGCUAGCACACUUAGCCCAACGACCAACUGCUACGUGCUUCAAGCUUCAAGCUCGACGAAUGCCGCCCAAAUGGAAAUGGAAAAGCGGAAGAAUGCAACGAUGCUUUUUUAUAAAAGCCACCGAUGCAGUGAAAGGUGUCGUCAUUGUUUUGUUGGUGCACCUUCAGUCGAGACGCGCCCUGCUGUGAUUCUUGGUCGGGUUGUUUUGUUUGGUUCGUUAAUUUGGUUCUGUGACUUGGUGUAGCUGUGCGAUGAAGACUGUCGCACAAAUCCACGUAAUGGUUGUUUUGGCCACCGCCCUGACACCGGCAAUCGCCGGCUACCGGUAUUCCAGCUUUCACAAUUCGCCCUAUGACGAUGAGGACAGCAUCGAGGACAAUAUUUCGUUGGCUAGCGAAAGUGACGAGAUCAAUCAGAACGCGAUCGUUACCCACUCGCAGAAGCAUGCAACCUACUCGGUGCCAAUCUAUCAGAAGAUUGGAGUCCCGGUGCCACAUCCGAUUCCAGUGGCUGUUCCACAGUACGUCAAAAUCAACGUCCCGCAGCCUUACCCGGUGCAGGUCAACGUAGAGCAGCCGAUCAAGGUACCGGUCUACAAGAUAGUUCCGAAAAUCAUCGAAAGACCAGUGCCCUACACGGUGGAAAAAUCGUACCCGGUUGAGGUGGAGAAACCUUUCCCGGUGGAAGUGCUGAAGAAGAUUGAAGUUCCCGUACCAAAGCCAUACCCGGUGCCAGUCCCGAUCUACAGACACGUUACCCACAAGGAGAACCCACGCCGGACUUGGCGUUGGUGAACUUCUAUGCCAUGUUGUUAGCUAGUGUUACUGUUGACUUAUUUAUUACGCUUCAACUAACUUGUUAUCAAUAAAUGUUAUAUGUUUUGGA